AUGCUAGCAUGUACUAACAGUAUCUUCCAUGGCCCUGCCACAACAUUCCACCGCCAAUCCCAGCCUUCUAAAAUCCUUCUCUCCAAGCCUCUCCUCUCCUCUCGCCUCCCUCGCGCAGUCAAUUUCGGGAAAUUAAAGUUCCAUUCUCCGUUUUCCGGAGAGAAUGGUUCCCGCCGUUUCGAUGUUAAAUCUUCGGUCAAUUCAUCGUCAGAAGUUUUGGAGUCCAUUGAUAUCGGUGUCCCGCACAGUUCCCUGCAAAAGCAUUCCGUGAAGAUUCCAGUGGGUGAUAGACAUAUUUUGGUUGAGACUGGUCACAUGGGAAGGCAAGCAAGUGGUUCUGUUACAGUUACGGAUGGGGAUACUAUUGUGUACACCACUGUUUGUUUGAAUGAUACUCCUAGUGAGCCAUCCGAUUUUUUCCCCCUUUCUGUGAAUUAUCAAGAGCGCUUUUCAGCUGCUGGUCGUACUAGUGGAGGUUUCUUCAAACGAGAAGGAAAAACCAAGGAUCACGAGGUUCUUAUUUGUAGAUUGAUUGAUAGGCCUCUGCGUCCUACUAUGCCUAAGGGCUUCUACCAUGAAACUCAAAUAUUAUCUUGGGUUUUAAGCUAUGAUGGGUCUCAUGCCCCCGAUUCCUUGGCCAUCACUGCUGCUGGUAUAGCACUUGCACUUUCAGAAAUUCCUGUGUCAAAAGCAGUUGCUGGAGUUCGAGUUGGCCUCAUUGGUGAUAAGUAUAUAGUAAAUCCUACAACUGAGGAGAUGGAAAACUCUGAGUUGGACCUCAUGCUGGCGGGCACAGAUAGCGCAAUAUUGAUGAUAGAGGGUUAUGGCAAUUUUCUUCCAGAAGAGAAGCUACUUAAAGCUGUAGAAAUUGGUCAGGAUGCAGUGCGAGCAAUCUGCAAUGAGGUAGAAGCCUUGGUCAAGAAAUGUGGGAAGCCAAAGAUGAUUGAUGCCAUCAAGUUGCCUCCUCCCGAGCUUUAUAAACAUGUUGAGGAAAUCGCUGGUGAUGACUUGAUAAAAGUUCUUCAAAUUAGAAAUAAAAUACCGAGAAGGAAAGCCCUUUCAUCAUUGGAAGAAAGGGUUCUUAAGAUACUGACAGAAAAUGGGUUUGUCGUUGAUGAAUCGGCACCAAGGAGUAAUGCUGAAACCAUCGCAGAGAUUAUUGAGGAUGUGGAUGAAGAUGAGGAAGUAAUUGUUGAUGGUGAAGUUGAUGAAGGCGAUGUUCAUAUAAAGCCAACUCCACGCAAACCAACUCCUUUAUUUUCUGAGGUAGAUGUGAAGUUGGUAUUUAAAGAAGUUACGUCCAAGUUUUUGAGGAAACGUAUAGUAGAGGGUGGGAAAAGGAGUGAUGGGAGAACACCAAAAGAAAUCCGCCCAAUUAACUCAUGUUGUAGCGUAUUACCUAGAGCACAUGGAAGUGCUCUUUUUACGAGGGGUGAAACACAGGCACUGGCUGUUGCUACGCUUGGAGAUAACAAGAUGGCACAACGAAUAGACAAUCUUAUAGAAGUUGAUGAUUAUAAGAGGUUCUAUCUGCAGUAUUCGUUUCCUCCUUCAUGUGUUGGGGAGGCAGGCCGUAUUGGUGCACCGAGUAGAAGAGAAAUUGGUCACGGAAUGCUUGCUGAGAGAUCCCUUGAAACAAUUUUGCCUUCUGAUAAUGACUUCCCUUACACUAUUCGUGUUGAAAGUACCAUCACAGAGAGCAAUGGCUCUUCGAGCAUGGCGUCUGUUUGUGGAGGUUGCUUAGCAUUGCAAGAUGCUGGGGUUCCUAUCAAGUGCUCAAUUGCUGGAAUUGCUAUGGGUUUGGUUCUUGAUACCAAGGAAUUUGGUGGAGAUGGAACUCCGCUUAUUCUAUCUGACAUAACUGGAUCUGAAGAUGCAUCUGGAGAUAUGGAUUUUAAGGUUGCUGGGAAUGAAGAUGGCAUAACUGCAUUUCAGAUGGACAUUAAGGUAGCUGGAAUUACUUUGCCCAUAAUGAGAGACGCACUGCUACAGGCAAAAGACGGCAGGAAGCAUAUACUUGGUAAGUUCAAAGUUGAAACACAUUAG